GCAGCCUGCCUUGACCUCGCAUCACUUCCUUCCCGUUCAAAACUGUUGCCGGAGUGCUUAAGUUUCGAGUGACACAUGUGGACUGAAUGCUACGGCUCCCGGUAAUUCUCCUAAUCCAAGAUAUGUGCUGGCCUGUCACUGGAUGGAUGAGCUGUGUGACUUCUUGAGGUCACGGAAUGUACCAGAGGAAACCAUACAUCAACUGGAAAAGGAUAAGAUUGAUCCCAAUGCCCUACUUUUCAUGACAGAUGACCAGUUGAUAAAGUAUCUACCAUGCUACGGGGACCGACUGGCUGUCCUUGGAUUUUGCAGACGGAAGGGAAAUUGUCCUGUUGCCCGCAAAUCUAAACUUUUUGAGCGACUGAAAGCCAAGAUAUCAAGAAGUGAGGAUCGUGAACAUUUGUCUGAGAAGGUACCAAGUCGAAAUGCUAAAAAGACUGAAAGGAAAAUAGAAAUUGGAUGGCUGAAUUUCCGUGAAGAGCGGUUUUUACAAGUGAGGGCCAAAAAAGGAGGGGGUACAAGAAAAAUAUGUGUGUCCAAGGAUUGUAGGAAAGAUGAGUUGGUUGAAAAAGCAAUAGACUUGUUUUUUCCUGAUCAAAAAAAUUCAGAGGGAAAUGUUACAGAUUUUCACAUUGAUCUUACAGAUUUUCAGGAGCACCCUUUAGAUAGCCACACUACAGUUGGAGAACUGUAUGAAAAAAUAAAGCUGCCCAUUUUACGUUUUUACUUAACAACCAAGAAGAAGGCUAGUUGCCGUGAGAAACAUCUAGAAAACAGUGGCAUGCUUCCACAGGAAGGGGAAGAAAUGCAGAAUAAAGACUCCUCCAGUCCCCCUAGGCCUAGUACACCUCUGGCUGAAGGUCAAGAAACAAACUCCAGCGAUGUGAUAUAUGUCCAGUCUAACAUAAACAGUGAUCAUGCCCUCUUAGAUUACUCCACUAUUGACAUGUCAGAUUUGCCUAGUGUGAGUGACCUUGAUGCAGUCAUUGCUGUAGAUGUGUUAGAGAGUAGUGACACAGUUACCUUCUUCCAAGGAUACCUACAUGACGUGGACAGUGUCAGUCUUGAUGAUACCUUACCAAUCUCUCCUCAAGCAAUAAGUUCACCUAUUCCAAUCCUAGAUAUCACCCAUGAGCCUAUUAUUCAGAGUGAAAGAAUUAAGAAAAUUCUUGUUGUUCAUCGUGGGCAGAUCUUGAGAGAACUCAUUUCACAUUUUUGUGAUGAGAGUAUCAUGCUAGAUGACGUUUACAUCCAAGUGGUUCUUCCAAAUGGAAGGUUGGAAAAGGCAGUUGAUGAAGGCGGUGUUUUAAGAGAUGUGCUGACUGAAUUUUGGCAGGACUUUUAUGAGCAAUGUACAUUAGGCAAUGCUUUCAAGGUGCCUUUUUUACGCCAUGAUUUUGGUAAACAACAGUGGGAAAGCAUUGGCAGAAUCAUUUUGCUUGGUUGGCGAAAAGAGAAGUACCUGCCUAUAAAAAUGGCCCCAGUCAUUUUGGAGCAAGCUGCCUUGGGUUGUGUUACAAGUAAUCUUGUUGACAUCUUCCUCAGGUAUGUGACAGAGUCAGAGCGAAUGGUCUUUCAAUCCUGCCGCUCAGAUUUUGAAAGUGUAGAUCAGGAAGAAUUGCUAGAAGUAAUGGAUCUCCAUAGCUGUCGAAGAGUGCCAACUGCUGAUAAUUUUGAACAGCUCUUGGAGGAGCUUGCCCACCAAAAGCUAAUUCAGGAACCCGCUUUCGUAAUUGAGCAGUGGAGCAAUGUGAUGGCACCCUUUAGGUCAGAGUUAGAGGGAAUUUCAGUAGCCUAUGAACAUCUUCACCCUACAUUGAGAAAGCUGAUGAGGUCUCUCUCAUACCCUACUACAAUGAAUCCUCAGCAGAAGCAAAUUGGCAAAUAUCUUGGCACAUACCUUAGAGAAUCUGACACACAGCACUUGUCUCUUUUCCUAAGGUUUUGCACGGGCUCUGAUUUGUUUCUUGGUAAGAGCAUUAGUGUGACCUUCACUCAGUUGCAAGGUAUGCAGAGACGGCCCAUUGCCCACACAUGUGGGUGCUACUUGGAGUUGCCGAUUGAUUAUGACAAUUACCCCGAUUUCAGACAUGAAUUCAACAAAGUAUUAGAGAGUGGGAUGUGGGAAAUGGACAUAAUUUAGCUGACUUAAUUCCCACCAGCAGCGUCUUCAUGUCAAGCUGACUUAAUUGAUAUCUAUAGGAAUGCUGGAUUGUAAUUGAGAUUUAGUUUUUCUCCCAGUGAACGCUUGAGAUUUUGAAGCUACAUUUUCUCUUUUUUCUUUUUUGUCUUUGAGGGAGAGAGACAUUUCAGUUACACUGACCAAGAUGUACAGUCAAAUUAUUGUUAUGUUAAUUGACCGGUCCUGUUCUGUGAAUUUUGAAUGGUCAUUGUCUUUAUUUACAUGUUCUGUGAAUACAGCUGAGGCAUUCUAGAUAGGCCUGUCCUCCUGAUAUGUAUGUUCCAUGAACUAUGGUAUGUUAGAAAGGCCUGUUCAGUCUUAAUGAAGUAAUACACACCAGUUAUGUGGUGUUUCAAUGUGACACAUAAUGAAUGCAUUGCUUUAUGUCAUAUUGAUGAAACAUGUUUCUUUUUUGUUCUUUGUGAGGGAGAGAGACAUAUCAGUUACACUGACCAACAUGUGCUGUCAAAUUAUUUUUACGUUAAUUGACUGGUCCUGUUCAGUGAAUUUUUAGUGGUCAGUGUCUUUAUUCAUGUGUUCUGUGAAUACCGCUGAGGUAUUUUAGAUAGGAGUGUCCUGAUAUGUAUGUUUCAUGAACUCUGGUAUGUUAGAAAAGCCUGUUCAGUCUUAAUA